UAUUGAUUGUUUUCUUUACAAUGGUGGGAGAUUCAACUCUAACAUUGUCAAUUGAGAUAUGCCUAUUUUGACUAACUAAAUUGAUUUUGAAUUUUUUUUUUAAUACGGUGGGAGAUUUGAACUAUGGAGAGCCUCAAUCAUUGAAGUUCUAUUCAAGAAUUUUCCUAACUUUGGAACCAAAAGAAUAGAGACGGUAAAGUUUUGAGGCAAAAGAUAGAAGAGAUGGAUCAGAAUAAUCUUAUUGAGUGGCCUAUUGUAUUCGUUGCUAAAGCUUCUACUCCCACUCACAAUCUGUCUUGUAAUGUGAUUGCUUUGCUAAACCACUUUUGUGAGUGGAAUUAUUACUUGUUAUUUGUUACUCUUAUUCUAGUAACUGAGACAAAGAACCAGAAACCCAAAAGCAUUAACCAAGGUUUGGCUUUGGCUUAGGCCUCGUUCCUGGGCCUAAUCGACAUGCACGGAAGGUGUUUGUUAUAAUGCCAAACCCAAAGAGGUGGCAACUGGAGAAUGGUGGUAGAGGGCCAACCCACGGGUCUAGAUUAAUAUCAUUGGAGAAGUAUAGACCGCCUUCUUUCCCCAAAUUACUGUAGCUGUCGACGUAUAUUUACCUGCUUCAGUAAUGGGAGGCAUCUUCCCAACAAUGUGUUUCUUUGGUCACAACCAGUAGCCCCAUCUAAUGGCCUAUUAUCCCCGCUUUCAAUGUGAUAAUAAAGGUGCAAUAAGACAUUAUCCUUUAUUACAUAGGGUACUGUUAGCUUGACAUUUAUGUGGCUGCUUUCAGGUUCAAACAUUGCAACUGUGAUACAUCUCACGGAUGGCAAUUGAAUUUAUUGCAGCUCUCCAUAUUGGUUGGGUGAGAUCGUCUUUGGUCACUCCUAGUGAAUGGACAAAAGAUUUUUCCUUUUUCACCUCCCAUUUGGCUGGGCCAUGUUCUUUACACUGUUGUAGCAUCUUUGAAACCCAUUAGAUUGAAGAUUAGUUAUAGAUUACUACUUAUUUCAGCAAUCUUCGUUUGUACAGUACAGGAUAGGGUGUCUGCAAAAAGGUGGAGGGGACAUACUGUGAAAGUGCAUGGUGCUCCUUUCCCUUCAUAAAUUCGUGGUGGACCAGUACUUUCUCAUUUCUUUAUGUCUUUCUUUGUUCUUUACUGUGCUAGAUUUGUAGAGUCUCAGCAUGCUUAAUUGGCUGUCUGAUAAUCAGCUAUCACUAACUUUUGAAGUUUGAAGAAGACAUAUUAUCAGUUUCAACAACAUUUAAUUGGGCACUUGAUUAAUUACUUGAUGCCAAACAAUUGGGACGGAUGCAGUAUAAUUAUUGGUUAUAGUCAAGUCCUUUUGAGUUUAAUUAGCCUUAAACAUAGAACAUUUGCUUGAAAAGUUGUCAUUUUCUCAUUCAUCUAUUUAUGUACUGUGCAAGAAGGGUACUUGGCUAGACACUCGUAGCGUUAGUAAACGCAGCCAACUUAGAAAAGAACAAUAAUUGUUGAAGGGCUAAGGUUGCCGAUGGAUAUAUAUUAUGCCAGCUAAGCGAUGUUGACAAGAGAAGAAGAUUUACCUCUCGGAAGGAAUCCUUCUAUAAUAAUUUUCUAACCCCCAUUUUUUAGGAACCGGUUUCUGUGAUUUUAUGAUAUUUCUUUAUGUCUCCUUCGAGAUCUACCGAGUUUUUGUGAAAAUUUAUUAAAUAUUUAAGAAGUUAGUUGGCCAUGAACGAUUCAACUUGAACCCUUCUUGCAGAAUAUUUAGCAGGCGGGUUUUCAGCAAAGCAAUUGAUACCAUGGAUUGCUUCUGUCAAAGUAAAUGAAGCAUGGAACUUGAGAGAGUGUGAGAAGACCAGAGCUGUCUUGUGUCUUGUAUGGUGGGCCAACAUAAGGACGGAGUUUGGUGCAAUUUGAAUCCAAGGGAGCUUUCGAACUUUUUGCGGACCACAUCACCUACAAUAGACAAAUUGUUAUGCAGGCAUUUGCCGCCAGGACUGGGAGGAGGUUGAAGCGUGUUUCCCACUCUAAAUGCCAGCGAGUAGGUGUAGUAAGUACCAUGAUUGCUCUUUCCCAUUUAAUUUGAAGAGAAAGACGAGUACAGAGCCAAUCGGUUUUCUUUCAGUAAAAUGGAAAGUGGCCUUCCCAUGCUUAACUGUCUGUUGCAACACACUUUAAGGAGUCUGUGUUUGUCUUCAGACUCUUGUAGCUCUACCUCUUCUAAGUGGGUUUAUGCCAUUUUCUGGAGGAUCCUUCCUAGAAACUUUCCUCCUCCCAAGUGGGAGUUUGGCGGGAGUGCUCUUGAUCGCUCCAAAGGAAACAAGAGGAACUGGAUUCUUGUUUGGGAAGAUGGAUUUUGUGAUUUCCACGAAUGUGAAAGAGCAGCAAGUGGGUGUAUUACAGGGAGGUUUGGAGUUGAUCUCUUCUUCAAAAUGUCUCAUGAGGUUUACAGUUAUGGAGAAGGGUUAGUGGGAAAGGUUGGAGCAGAUAAUAGUCAUAAAUGGGUUUUCAGAGAUAACACAACUGAAAGUGAUCCGAACCUCAUCUCCUCGUGGAACUCAUCCAUUGAGCCUCAACCUCGGGCGUGGGAAUCUCAAUUUAAAUCAGGCAUUCAGACAAUUGCAGUCAUUGCUGUACGAGAAGGCGUAGUUCAACUGGGCUCUUUUGAUAAGGUCCCGGAAGAUCUCAAUUUAGUCAUUAAUGUACAGAGGAAAUUCAGCUACCUGCAUAGCAUGCCGGGUAUCUUUGCGGUUCAAAGGCCCUACCUCCCUAGCCAACAUCCAUACGUUUUAAAGCCAGAUGUCCAGAUGAUCGAAAACCAAUCUACUGGGUUGAAGAGAUUGUUCAGCUCUAUGCUUGAUGAAUCUCCUAUCAAAUCCAUCAAAUUAGGCUGGAACAACCCACAACAUUCCUUGGCCACUGGAUCGCCAGUGUGGCCAAUCCCACCUCUUCUUCCUUCCACUUCAUGCGGCCUUGGAACUUUUAAAGCGAAGUUUCCAUCUAAUAGCACCCCAUCUUGUGACAUCGAUGAUCGUCCUGACCCAGUCCAACUCAUGUCCAUUAACCACCCACACCCGAGUACAAUAAAAGCUUCUAACUCAGACGUAAUAAUAGAAACCUCCAACAAGUUAGAUGCAGCUCAAGAAACAGAAAAGAAACGAAAUUUCUUAAACCCAAGUCGGCAGUAUGAAGAUGGGGUGGUGACAGAGUUGGUAUUCAGACUUGGAGAGACAACCCAGAAUGGUCAAAAUCUGAAUUAAUUAGGAAAAGUACCCUUGCAAUGGCAUUAAUUGUCACAAAAAGGAUGAGUUUGGUACUUGCAUGGAUUUGGAUGGUUGGUUAGCAAUUAGCAUGCACCCAAAUUGUAUAAUCACCGUUUUUUUAGUAUCUGUUAAUAAAAAUAUCUAGCUCCUAAAGUAGUUUAAUUAUCAAACAAAGAUGGCUUUAUCUUUCAUUUGUGUCUCUCUUAAGUUAUUAGAGGAGCAAGCUGAAUGGUGGGAAAUGCCUCUCACCUCUCAGGCGUAGUAAUUGAAUCUGAAAGCACAAUUGAAUUGGAUUAUGGCAUUGGUUCCUUUGCUGCAUUAUCUGCAGUAUUAAAAGGAGUUCGAUUAGAAGAUCAAAGUGAAUAUAUGUGACAGUGAUGAUAAAGGGAUGCAUCCACUCAUUAAGGGCAGAGUGGGGCUCCACUCCGGUGGUCUAUCCCAAUCCUUCCUGCAGGUAGUAGUAGUGCACCACAGGCAAUGGUCCCCGGAAACAAAUUGGAAGAGAGAAACAUGACAAGAGAGUGUUAGAAUUUGGAUCAAGUUGUCUUUGACAUAUGAAUACCAUCACCCGACACAAUGGAUGGUCCUAGCUUUAAGUUUUCUUUUUUCUUUUUUCCUUUUUCCUUUUCAUCUUCAUGGGGCUAUGAUAUGAAUACGAGUUGCUUGUGGGGCUGCUUCCUAUUUAAUUGAAAGCUGUUGAUGACUCCUAUUGUCUUUGCUAAGAUCUUUGGAAAAUGAUUUUCUUUC